GCGUGUUGUGGUAAACACACUCUGAGGUGCGUGUGUGUGCGUAGAAGUGGUAAUGGAGGAUAGUGUUCUAGUCACAGGGGGCUUAGUUAGCAAGCUACCUUCUGUCUCCUCUGCUCGGAAAUACUACUUCUAGUAAAGAGAGGACAAAUACAAGGAAAGGGAACUACGUCUGAAUCAUCUACAAGCAGGUGGAGCCGCUGUUGAGUUUUGAGAUGGCGUCGGAUGCAGUCUCUCAGAACCAUGGUUCCAAGGGGAUCAUGACAUUCUAUCCCACUGCUGAAGAAUUCAAGAACUUCACCCGCUACAUUGCAUAUAUAGAGUCCCAGGGCGCACAUAAAGCAGGCCUUGCCAAAAUUGUCCCACCAAAGGAAUGGAAGCCUCGAGGCUCUUACGAUGAUAUUGAUGAUUUGGUGAUACCUGCACCCAUUCAGCAGGUGGUGACAGGCCAGUCGGGCCUUUUUCAGCAAUACAACAUUCAGAAGAAGGCCAUGACUGUCAGAGAGUUCAGAAAAAUCGCCAACAGUGACAAGUUCUGCAGUCCACAUUAUGAUGACUUUGAGGAGCUGGAAAGGAAGUACUGGAAGAAUGUGACAUUUAAUCCACCUAUAUAUGGGGCAGAUGUCAAUGGCAGUCUGUACGACCCUGAAGUCAAAGAGUGGAACAUUUGCCGUCUGGACACCAUUUUGGAUACUGUGGAAAGUGAAAGUGGCAUCACGAUAGAGGGUGUCAACACACCCUACCUGUACUUUGGCAUGUGGAAGACCACCUUUGCAUGGCACACUGAGGACAUGGACCUCUACAGUAUCAACUACUUGCACUUUGGAGAGCCCAAAUCUUGGUACUGUGUUCCUCCAGAGCAUGGGAAAAGAUUUGAACGUUUGGCUCAAGGGUUUUUUCCUGGCAGUUCCCAAAAUUGUGAGGCCUUCUUAAGGCACAAGAUGACUCUUAUUUCUCCCUCUAUACUGAAGAAGUAUAGCAUUCCGUUUGAUAAGAUUACUCAGAAGCCCGGUGAGUUCAUGGUAACUUUCCCCUACGCAUAUCAUGCUGGUUUCAACCACGGCUUCAACUGUGCAGAGUCCACCAACUUUGCCACAGAGAGGUGGAUCGAGUAUGGCAAACAAGCAGUCUUGUGCUCCUGCCGUAAAGACAUGGUGAAGAUUUCCAUGGAUGUAUUUGUGAAGAAAUUCCAGCCUGACCGUUACGAGCAGUGGCUGAACGGGCGAGAUGUGUCAUCCAUUGAUCACUCGAGGCCCACUCCAGAGGCGAAGGAGUUUCUGGGAGAGUCCGACAAUGACAUCACCAGCAGCAGCAACACAAACUCCACAGAGAGCGGUGUGGAGGACGGAGAGAGGAAGUGUGCUACACAGAGGAUAGAGACAAAACGGCACAGAGUGUGUUUGGAUGUGCCUGAUGAGGUGUUUCCCAAAGAUGAAGAUGAAGAGGAUAUGGAGCAGUAUGGGAAGCGGCCCAGGCUCAGCCUCAUACCUCCUCGCACUGUGACACAGGAUGGAAAAAGAAACAAAGGCCCUCCUAAGCUGGUCGUGACACCAACCAAGCUCACUUUAUUGGACCCUUUCCACAGGGGGUUAAGUCACAGCAAUGGUGAUUCAGGCCGGCCCCCUCAUUACACCAAGACCCGUGCUCCUGCAAUCUCCUCUCUGUCCCAGCCCAGAAACGGGCAUCUAUCCGUUUCAGUUACAUCUGCGUGGUCCGACCCCUCAGCUGCACCUGCCCGCAAAAUGGGAGUGGCCAGCCUACUUUUCCACCGGACCCUGAGUCCGAAAGACGCUCUUCAAGUGCACAGCUACACUCUAGAGAAGCAGCAGCAGCCUCACACGCAGCUGCAGGUUCACAGCUACGCCAGAGAGCAUCAACCCCGUCACCUCCAACACAAAACCUGCACACCAUCACAAGCACAGCUUCAGACCACAUUUAAGGCUCCGAGCGUUGAGAUAAAAGCGCCUCAGCCGGAAACCAAGGACGUUAUUGCCAAAGGAGCACUGAACGGAUCAGAAGCACGGGGUUGUGUGGAGCAGGACCAAAAGGAGGAAAAACCGAAAACGCCAAGACCUGCUGUGGAUAAGGUUGUGGAGGAGAAACCUCAAGAUGAGCCAAUCAGCAAAACGACUUCCUCUCCGACUCAGACACAACAUGAGGAGAUGAGCAAAGCAGAGACGGAGCCUGCAAAGAACAGCAAACGAAAGAGUUACCAAUGCCCGCUUCAGGAUAGUGGCAUAGUCAUCGUGAAAGACACCAGUCCUGUCAGUCAACCAAUUCGUGAUGAGAUGAAGGUGAUCGCUCACAAUCAUCACCAGGUGUCAGAAGAACAAUCAUACUGUAAGUCAGUGGUGAAGAAGCAGCAGCAGCAGGCACAGCUCCCAAAGCUGCCCCGACAUCACCCUCUGAUGAUCAGGGAGGUGCACAGUGAUGAAGAUUGGUGUGCAGAAGAAGAGGUGGAGCAAGAGGAGAAAGAGGAGUGGGCAAAGCCGCUAGCCCAGCUGUGGCAGUGCCGUCCAUAUAGCCCUCAGGCAGAGAGAGAGUACAACAAGCAAAUGGGUCAGCAGGCUCCGUACUGCUCCAUCUGCCUGCUCUUCCACACCUACCAUGAGUCGGAGUCCAGCUCUGCCAGCUCGUGCGUGACGCUGGUGAACCAUCCGGGGGGCCGCCAGUGGUCCAAGCCACUCAUCCCUGAAAUGUGUUUCAACACCCAAACCAACAAGUCAAGCGACUCCGGGGAGGGACAGUUGUCCAACCCUCAUGUAGCCGAGGAUGGGACCAGCCAGCUGGUUAGCUGUGCUCAGUGCUGCGUCCGUGUUCACACCAGUUGUUAUGGUGUAUCUGGGGAGGGAGCAGAGCUCGAUGACUGGUUGUGCGCUCGCUGCGAGGCUGAUGCUGUCACAGAGGACUGCUGUCUGUGUUCCCUGAGAGGAGGAGCUCUGCAAAGAGCCAACGAUGACAAGUGGGUUCAUGUUCUCUGUGCCAUCACUGUGCUGGAAGCUCGCUUUGUCAACAUCACGGAGCGAUGCCCCAUCGACCUCUCCGCCAUCCCCCUGCCACGCUUUAGACUGAAGUGUGCAUACUGCAGGAAACGGAUGAAGAGAGACGUAAAAGGCUGUUGUGUUCAGUGCUCCCACGGGCGCUGCUCCACAGCCUUUCACCCCACCUGUGCUCAGGCAGCCGGGGUCCUCAUGCACCCGGACGACUGGCCGUUCAUAGUCUUCGUCACCUGUCACAGACACAGAACGCCCGUCAUACCUGAGCGCAAUAAAGCCUCCAUGCGAGACUUGACGGAGGGGCAGAGGGUGAUCUGUAAAUACAAAAAUGGCCGUUACUACCAAAGCCAGUUGAUGGAGCUGACCACGGCUACCUUCUACGAGGUCGUGUUCGACGAUGGCUCCUACAGUGACAACCUCUUCCCAGAGGACAUUGAGAGCCGCGACUGUGUGCAUCUCGGUCCACCUGCCGAGGGUGAUGCCGUUCAAGUACGAUGGACAGACGGGUUGAUAUACGGAGCCAAGUUUGUAGCAGCACACUCCAUCCCUAUGUACCUGGUGGAGUUCGAGGAUGCAUCUCAGAUUUCUGUUAAACGAGAGGACAUCUACGCACUAGAUGAGGAUCUGCCUAAACGAGUCAAGUCCAGAAUGUCUGUGGCGUCGGACAUGCGUUUCGAGCUCUUCGCGCAGAACGAAGUCAAACAGACCUCCAAACGGCAACGAGUCAUCAACUCCAGAUACAGAGAGGACUACAUUGAGCCCAUCAUCUACAGAGCCAUCAUGGAGUGAAGUGUCUCUCCCUCUCUCUUCUUCUGCAGCUCCAGCUCUCCACUUCUUGGUCUGGCUUCUCAGUUUGUGGCUUCUGCUCAUAGGAAAGACCAACAACCCCACCUCCUCCUCCUCCUUUUUUUUUUGUUCUUAUCCUUCUUCUUCCACGGCCUGUUAGGCGACAUAUUUAUAAUCUACGGCUGGGACUUUAAAAGACUUUACGUGCAUUGAAUAACAAUAUUCUUAGACCUUCAUUUCCCAUAAUGCUUUGUGGGUUAUGUUCUCUUCCACCAUUGCAUUUUUUUUUUCCUUUUUCUCAGGAAGAAGCCAUCAAUGAACUAUUAACUGGGAAGGUUGUGUGGUCAGCUUUCAUCUGCUCCACAUCCUGCAAUGGACAGAUUUUCUACUUUAGUGAUCUGUUUUCUCUAUCUUUAUUUUUUUCACAAGUUAUCUUGAAUAUUCUGCAAAAUAGUGCUUAGGAAUGAGGUUCUCUACAGGAAGCAUUAUUUCAAGUCAGGUUUAUUUUUCUCAUUCAUGAAGUUCAACAAAAGCAGACCUGAAGAGCUUGAGCCAAUCAGCUGUGCACCACAACAAUAAUCUGACUCAUAAUCGAUUAAUUAAGAUCUGUGUUAACAAAACCCCAAAGAGAUGAAAUGAUUUCACAUUCUUACACAUCUUCAGAUUGUACUUUACACUGUGCAUCUACUGUGAAGGAAGGGAAAAAAAGUGGACAUGUUGUGAAGGCCCAAGCCUUACAUUUCACAGGGCCUGGCAAUUCUUUGCUACUCCUGAAGCUUUGUCACAACUCUUGUAAUUAAUGUUAUUAUUAUACUUUAUUUAUGCGAGUGCAUUGAGUUUCGAAACAAAGCUAUUUUUGUCAUGUCCUUUUCACGGUCUUUAGAAAACCUCAGAUGUAUUUAUAUUUAUUAUAUUGAAAGGUUUUCAGACAUCCUGUUUAAAAUUUCCAGGCUCACUUUCCUGUUUUUGAUCGGAGGGUGUGAAUGCCAGUCUGGGUCAAGUCCCAAGCAAAAAGCACUUAUUGUUCCCUCCUGCUACGGGACAUUUAGAUAUUUUUGUGUGUUUCUGAUGAAAGUUAGCUCUAGAGCAUUGUAACCAGGUUAUAGUUUGAUCCCGAAUAAAAAAAAAAGGUGAUUAAAGGAUC